GUUGAUCAUAUGUUUUGGGUUGGUCAUCAAACUGUCCAUGUGUCAAACAAAGUGUCAUCAAUUAAAAACACAAAAUCCUCUAUAAUAUUUACAAAAAUAAAUUGUGUUUAAAUUAAUUGAAAACAAUGACAAAUGAAAUGGAACAAAUCAAUGAAGAUCUGGACAAGCUUCUUCUUCGUUGUCUGCAAUUAACAGAAGAAAAAAUAGUCUACACAGUGCAGUUGGAAAAUUUCAUGAAAGAUGGUCUUAUUGAAAUUGCCAAGUCAAGAUACAUUCAAGGCAGAGAAACAGUUGGCAUCAGCAAUGUUCCCAAUGAUAAAUCAAGUGAUUCAUUAUUCCAACUUGAAACAAGCUACGACAAAAAAGAACCUGGAUCAAAUCCACUUCCAAAAUUUGAUAUUCAUCUAAAAAACAAAGAAGACAUUGAAACUUGUAAUCCAAUCAAAUGGUUUGGUGUUCUUGUUCCUCAAAGUCUUAAAACAGCUCAACAUAAAUUUCAAGAAUCAAUUUAUCUUUCAGUUAAAAUUGCAAAUAUAACAGCUGAACUUGAAAAUAAUCUUCACGACUUUAAUAUAACUAAAGAAAAAAUUAAAACAUUAAAUAAUACACCAGAAGAAUAAUACCCAACUUAUUUCAU